AUGACGAAGAAGCGAGUCUUCACUGACGCGGAGGAGGAGUGGAUGGAGAGUCACAUGGACGAUUACCGUGACAACUCGUCACAACGCAACCUUGACGAUUGGUUCCUUACCUUGGCGCCCCUCUGGUUCGCGUCAUUUCCUGAGCCGCCCACGGCCCAGGAGCUUGCAAGCUGUGGCGGUAAUCUCGGGGAGGCGAUGGCGCACCCAGACUGCGUCCAGCGCCAUUCGAGCCGCAUGGAUCAAGUCCGAAAUUGGUUUGGCAACAACUGCAGGGUUCGCGCGUCCGGUCCCGCCAUAGCCGGUUUAGCGCGUCCGGUCCGAUCUCGCAUUCUCCAGCCUCAGCAAAAACCAAAAAAACCUCAGCUUUACCAAGCCUGGAUCCAUGUCGCCUUGUCUCAUCCGGAGACGAGAGCCGUUUUUGACGCGGCUUGGGAAGCAGCGAAGAAAUCUGGGUGGUCGAAGAAAAAUUCGCUCAAAUUCCAACGCCAGUUCGCCGAGGAGAGAAUCCCGACGACCGACGCCGACACCAUGCGUGCUGUGAACGAAUAUCACAACAGCGGCUAUCUAUUGAAAAACCAAGCCCUUAUCAGUUUUGACGACAAUGCUGAGGAAGCAAGAUAUCAGCAGGCUCUCGCCAAGCAGGAGGCUCUCAAUAAUCUUCCUUUCACGUUGAUGAAAAUGGCCGACAGCUGGUCUCUCGAAACCGGAUGGCACAUCUCAAUCAUCGCAGGUGGCCCCUUGCCCACGCUAGGUGGCAAGAUCAGGACGCUAUACUAUGGCUCGGGUAAGAACCGCCAGGGUAAAGAAUUUUCGGCAGCCAACCCCGCGUUCAAGGAUCAAUUUGAGGGCGCAUUUGCCGCGUUCUGUGACGGAUCGUGGACUAACGCACAAUGUGCGGAGUUGGAUAUUCGGCCUAAGGAGGAGCGCAACUCCCCUGUCGAUGCGGGAGCUUCAUCCUCGUGCAAGGCGGGUAGUCCAGCGCUCGACACAUCUCCAGUAUCUACCCCUCCAGGAUCCUCUCCGCCCGCUUGUGCCAUCUCCACCGCCAAAGCUCCUGCUGUGGUUACCAACGAGCGCGAGCCGGCUCCGGCCAUCACAGCUACCACCGAGUCCUCACCAGCCCCUGUUGAUGUUACCACCGAGUCUGCUCCACCAUCCGACAGGACUACCGCCAGGUCUCAGUCAGAUGCCGCCCCGACUCCCCGGUCCUCACCAGCUCCCGCCACGACUACUGCCAUCGAACCAGUUCUCGCCGCGACUGCCCUCGGUUCCCCACCGGCUCCUGCCGCGACUGCCCCCGGGCCCCCACUAGCUCCCGCCGCGACUGCCCCGAGUUCCCCACUGGCUCCGGCCGCGACUGCCCCGAGUUCCCCACUAGCUCCCGCCGCGACUGCCCCGAGUUCCCCACCGGCUCCGGCCGCGACUGCCCUGGGUUCCCCACCAGCUCCCGCCGCGACUGCCCUGGGUUCCCCACCAGCUCCCGCCGCGACUGCCCUGGGUUCCCCACCAGCUCCCGCCGCGAAUACCGCCGGGUCCCUAGCAGCGCCCGCCGUGCCUACCGCUGAGGUUGAACCAGGUCCCGUCGCGGCUACUGCCGAGUUCGCGCCUGCUCCCAUUGUGCCUUUCAUCGAUAACGGACCACCUCUGCCCCAGGCUUCCGACUAUAUAUUUCCUCCCAUUGAUGGCAUCGCCCCUGUCUCUGGCACUGCUCAAGCUGCCUUGGGCACUAUUCCUCAUCUUGGACUCCCCGCUCGCCAGGUUCUGCAACCCCUGAAUGUUGAUAUGACUUACCAAAACGCUGAACAGUUUCCGUAUCCGAACACCACGAAUUUUGACAUCAUGGAUCCAACAGCUUUCAAUUCCGCUUACCCUCAAGGUUAUAUGGACCAGUUCAAUGCUCUUGCUAUGUUCCCCCAAGAUUUCAGUUACAUGGACGCACUUCUUGCAUUGCCAGAUGUCCCUGAGCAUCCGAUCGGGCCUGUAGUAGCUCUCCAUCCUCCGAAUGCAUCCGUACCUGAUACCCUUGCCCUGCUGCCGUCUGCUUCACCCGUCGCUCCCACCACUUCAGAGUCAUCUACCAUCACGCCAAAUGCCGCAGAGUCGACGUUGUCCGCCCCUCAUGUCGAUUGUAACCAGGGUGCUGACGAGGGCACGGCGGCUAAUGAUUCCACUGCGGCCAACACCCCACCGUCAGCAACUACCUCCCCGAGUCCCAGCACUGCCCCCGUACUCACGUCCGUGCGCGCGUCAAAACGGACACCCAAAAUCAAGAUCAAUGGAAAUGGGUUCGUUGUUGACUUCUCGCUGUCGACCGCCGAUCUCGUGAAGCACAUCCGGGCGUCAUCGGACCUGCCCGACUAUUUCGUGGACACGAUUGCCUUUGUCACAGAUUCCACCUCACAGGCCGACUUUCACGCCAUGCUUCGCGCUUUUAUAUUGUUCGAAGCCAAGGGGCGCUUCGAUAGUCGGAAGGGAAGCACGACGUCCGCGAUGCGACCGUCAUUGACCACCAAGUGGCUCUCGACGAAGCGGACAGACUACACAGUCGUCAGUACGGAUCCCGCCGGCGACCUACAGGCCUGGUUUGGGUGGUGGACUGCGCUUCAACCCGAGUGGCGACGGCGAGUUGCCACAUCGCUCUCCCGCGAGGCUCCGGCCAACGCCGCCUCGGACUUUCCGGAGAUCAAGACUGGAAAGAACGGGGUGGUUGCAGUUCUUUUGACUUUGGUUUGGAUUUUCCUUGGUGCUUCGGCGCAAGGCGACUCAACGGUCUGCAACCGAGUCACCCAAGCGGUUGAUGAUGUCACAUGGACGCUCACCAUGGUAACGCAAGGGCGCGGGGAGAUUGAACCCGCGAAACGGCCUCGCAAGCGAGCGGCCCCUACUAAUAACGAGAACGUGAAACCUACAAAGAAGAGGCGCGAAUCUCGUUCCACAUAA